ACUCUUAUUAUUGUUAUUAUUAACAACUAAAUUGAAGUCGGACUCCGAUCCGACUGAGUUCAAUAGGGUUUCGUCCCAAACCCUAACUCUUCCUGCGAACGACGACAGCUUCUGAGCCUUCAUCAGUCCAACAAAAACCCUCUGGUGAUUGCUAUACCUAUCAUUAUGGAAGCUAAGUUCUUCCGCUUUCUUAAGAUUGUGGGUGUUGGUUUCAAGGCUAGAGCUGAAUCAGAAGGUCGUCUCUUGUACCUCAAAUUGGGAUACAGCCAUGAAGUUGAACUGACUGUGCCUCCAGCUGUCCGUGUGUUUUGCUUCAAACCUAAUAUAGUUUGCUGCACCGGGAUUGACAAGCAAAGGGUGCAUCAGUUCGCUGCUGCUGUUCGUAGUUGUAAGCCUCCUGAAGUUUACAAAGGGAAGGGUAUAAUGUACAUUGAUGAAGUUAUCAAAAAGAAGCAGGGAAAAAAGAGGAUUGAGUAGAGACGGAUAGUCAGAGAAAGAGAGUAGAAUUCAGUAGAGGUCCGGCGGGCGACCAAGGCGAGGCUGCCGCCCGCCGGUGAAGCGGAAUUACUAGGUUCUCAACCUUGCUCUGAUACCAUGUUAAAAUUGAUGUAUUAUUGAUUGUUGUAUUGAUAUAUAU